UGUUCAGUUUAUGACCUGUUCGGUGCCUUCCCUGCUUCCCUGUGCUGUGUCUAGGUGAAGUGGAGUGGGGGUCUGGUAGAGUACAGCCUGGAGGGGGAAUUCCCAGAGAUGCUGUUCACUGUCAGCAGAGAGGGAGUCAUCUCUCUCAACGCCCCACUAGACAGAGAGACUCAGGACCAGUUCCAGAUCAGCAUUGUGGUGGAGCGUCCGGACGGCAGGGAGAUCGCCAAGCCUGUGGAGCUGAGGGUGAUGGUGGGCGAUGCCAACGACAACAGGCCCACGUUCCCUACUACACAGUACCACACCGUGGUCAAGGAGCUCGCCCCACGGGGGACGGAAAUCCUCACAGUUCAAGCAGCCGACAACGAUGAUCCCAAAACAGAUAACGUGAGGAUCUUCUACCGGCUGGUUGGCCAGAUCCCAGAGAGCCCUCGUGCCUUGUUCCGGGUGGACCGUGAUUCUGGGGUCAUCUCAGUGCAGGCAGACAACCUAGAGGGAGCCGCCCCACAGUACACACUGACCAUCACUGCUGAGGACGCUAAAGGGUUAAACAGCUCCUGUACUGUGGUUGUGACAGUGCAGGACGAGAACAACAACGCACCCGUCUUCACUCAACACGAGUACGGCCCCUUCCACCUGGCAGAGGAUGCUCCUUUGGGAGCCACGGUAACAGUGGUGUCGGCGUGGGAUGCUGAUGAGAGGGGAGGAGACAGCUGGCAGGUGAAUUACAGGCUGGAGUCUGGCAACGAGGAGGAGGUGUUCACGCUGGUCACAGACAAGCAGACCAAUGAGGUUUCAAUCAUCCUCUCCAAGGUGCUGGACUUCGAGCGGGAGAGCGAGUACAUCCUGGUCCUUAGUGCUCAAAACCCAGUGGCCCUGGUCCGAGGGAGGUAUGGCCCAGCGUCCACGGCAACCGUCUCCAUCUAUGUGGACGAUAUCAACGAGGGCCCCAUCCUGUCCCAGAGCCACUACGAGGUCACUGUCAGAGAGGGGGAGGAGCCAGGACGGGUUAUUGCCACUAUUCGUGGAUAUGACCCAGACUCACACCCAAUCAGAUACUCGCUCAGAGGAGACACAAAGAGGUAUUUCUCCAUUGGGAAGUACUCAGGUGAGCUGAAGACCGUCCAGGCCUUGGACAGAGAGGAAAACAGCACCUACACUAUGGAGGUCAUGGCUGAAGAUGGACGGAACUCUUCUCUGUCAGCCUCCACCCUGGUAACGGUACAUAUCCUGGAUGUGAAUGACAACAGUCCUGUGUUGGUGGGGGACUACUCCUGGAAGUACCUGUGUACACCUCGCUGGGAGGACCAGGCCUUGGUGCUGGCAUCCCGGGACAGUGAUGGUCCCCAGCACGGUGGCAGGCUCAACUUCUCCCUGCGCAGUGACGCCACUGUGCGCGGCAACUGGAAACUCACCCCCAUCAAUGACACCCAUACCAACCUGUCCCUGAACAUCCCGUACCUGUCUCCUGAGGUCUACACGGUCCCCUUCACCAUCUCUGACAGCAGCUCUCCUCCCAGGAGCACCUUCAUCAACCUGCCAGUGACGGUGUGCCCGUGCAAUGUGAGAGGAAACUGCAGGACCGCCGCUAAGCAGCUGCAAGGCAUGCCAACCAUCCAGUCCACCGUUGGCAUCCUUCUGGGAACCCUUGGGGUCAUAGGAAUCAUUCUAAUCGUUGUGUUUGUGAGGCUGUCCUACCAGAACCCCAAACCGCCGAGCAAAACCAACCAGGAGAGAGAGCCCCUGAGGAUCUCACUGUGAGGGUACUGCCUGCAUAUGUCUCUGACUGUGCCCUUAUGGACAGGGCCAUAACAGUAGAGCAAUGAUAUAGUGAGAAUGUUUAUUCAGUACUGUGCAUAGUAUUUACCUAGUGGGUAGUUCUUGGGUUGCGGUGGUAUUUGUGCAUUUGGGAAAAAAUGUACUUAACUUUCCUAGUUUUUUUUAUUUACAGUAAAUGUAUUUGGGUACAUCUUCCCAGUCUAAAUCAACUAAUGGCAGCUUCAUUACUUUAAAUCAUUUUCACCAUUAUGAUAACUUUGUACCACCAGUAGGAGUAGUAACACCAAUGACGAAAACACCUAUGAUACAUUUUAGGUAAACUAGGAUUUUCUGAAAUGGAGGCCACAUAUACUAAAAUCUAAGUUCAUUAACCCUUUAAAAAUCACUUACUAAAGUGAUAUGAUUAAUAAUUCUGCUCACAAUGUAAUUUCCCUUCAUUUAAAUAGAGUAACCCCAAGUGACACUUUGGAUUUAGACACACCAAAGUAUCAAUGGAAUCCUCAAAUGUAUGAUAUACUAAAAGGGUAUGAUUAGCUUGUAAUUUUAUUUAAAAUAGACCACUACCCCGUUAACAGUUUGCCACUGGAGGGAAUGCUCAUUGGAGGGAUCCGCUAGCGCGUCGUUGAACACACCUUCCAAGUCGUUCAUUAUUUUGCAUAGAACGCAUGCCUCUCGUUGAUUAUCCCUUACGUAAUGAAUCAUUUUCGAGGCGGUAACACCAAUGACAUAAAACUGAGGGACACAUUAUAUUAGUUAAAAAAAUUUGUAUUUUAAUAGCCUACUUUGUUUUCAUAGAUCUAUACAGUAUGUUUAAUACUUUUGUUUACUUUCUAGAAUUCAAAAUAAUAGAUAUAUCUAAAUCCCCCAAAACAUGUCACAACAACCAGAGCCAUACAGUUUAUAUAGAGAGAGUUUGGCCAAUGUGAUUUCUGUCUGAACGUUCUGAGAGCGCCACUUUUUCCUCCAUAGCCAUUGCUAAGUGAUCAUCGACGCUUCCACAUUGUAAUGUUUAUUUCUGAUCAUUUUUAAAACCUAUGAAUAUGUCCAGUGAAAGCAGAUAUGCAAUUUGUUGACACUACAACACAGUAAAGACUUGGAUACACAUUAUCCUGAAUGCUAAUCAUUAAAAAAGUCUGUAAAAUGUACUGCUCUGUUUUACUUGUUUACAGCCCCCUCAUGAAAAAGUACUACUGAAUUACCACACAAAACCUACUGGCUUUACUACUUGAUUGCUAUUGAGAUGUGUAGUAAACCAGUAGUGAUUUAUGUAGUAAUUUAAGUAGUAAUGAGUGACAAAUUGGAACGUUUCACUACUGGUGAACACUAAAUAUUUCCUACUUAAAUCACUACAAUAAAUAUCCCUUAAUGACUACUGUGUAACUACUAAGCUUUUGGGUAUCUAGUACAUUACUGCUGCAUGCCUACUCAAUCCCUAUUGAAUUACUACUGCCAUCUGUGUGUGUAGUGUUGUGUCACUACUGAUCACUACUGAAUUGCUCCGGAUCCUUUUUCAUUUCCUACAUAAACCCUUUUGAAAACAUUUAUUACUGUUUGCCUAUUCAAAAUCACUAUUGAGAUCUUGUUUCACUACUAGACUAGUGCACAUGUUAUUUCCUCAAGUUUCUAACUGUAGUUAUAUCAUCAAACAAUUAUAUGUACAUUCUUUAUUUAUAUUACAUUAAUUACAUAUUAAAUUACACAUUUACACUUUUUUGUUAAUCCAUUUGAGGCCUUGUCUUCAUUCAGCUUUGACUUAACUAUCUUCAGAUCCUCUUUUUUGUUGCAGCCACAUUUCUCCACCACGUAACCUUUUAGAAAAUAAAGACAUUUGCAUACAAACACACAUACUGAUUAACUAGCAUGUUGAAAACAGAGGCUACAUAGCUACAUUUCAAUGUGGCUAGCAAACAGCUAGGCUAAACUCAAUACAUCUCUAUGACAACGGCUAACGGCUAAGACCGUUUUGGCUAGCAAUAUUUUUGAUGUAGUAAAAAGUUAUAUAAAUGGCUAAACAAUGGCAUGAAAGUUUUCAUAAAAUAUAAAAGAUGGUGCCAGCAUAAGGGCUAUGAAAGACAGGAUGACAAAGGAUUGAAGAUGAUUACAUUCAGGAUUGUCAAAAACAGUAGCUACGACUUCCUGUUUUGUCUUCUUUGGUGGUUGCGAAAAAGCGGUGUAGUCUGGCUGUAGUGUUGUGAUACUUAUUUACUACCAACAUCAAGUAGUAAAAACUCUAUUUGAUUACUACUGGAAACACUACUUUUUUCCUACUGAAUACUACAAAACUCUACUUGUGUGUCUUGAGUAGUGCAUAAACUACACAUUCACUACACACUCCCUACAAGUCUCUACAUAGUCACUACUGCACAAAUACGUUUUGUGUAGUAAUUGAGUAGUACUUUGUCAUGAGGGGCGGGUCAUUUCAUAGGGAAUUGUUGGAGACACUCUCGUAUUGUUACAUCACCAAAAUAUUGUGAAUAAAGGCGCUAACAAGUAUUUUGUUGGACGAUGUAUAUUAUGUAUAACAUGCGUAUCCCGUACAUACGACUAAUAAAACUUGAAACCAACAUGGUGUCCGUUCUAAAAACCUGGCUGAACUCUCUUAAUAUAUGACUCUGACUACAACUCUACUAGGUCACAACUGGGACAAGGCAAUUUGCUUACCCUAAAUACUUUAAACAAUGCAUAAACGUAAGGCAGUAUAAAUGUCUAGUAUUAUAUUUUAUCCUUGACUAAAACAUGUUUGAAAUGUAACUAUUUGUCAUUUUAAAGUGUUUUCCAUGGUUUUAAAUGCCACCGCAAUUCAAGAACCACCCUAGUAGUAGACUUUUGGCAUUGCUUACCUACGGCAUAUAUGACACAUUUUGUUGAGUUUUAGUUAUAGUAUCUGUCAUAUUUUGUGACACACACAAUACUUUCUCGCAAUUACAAUGUUAUCAUUGAUUAAGAUUGCGUCAUACUGCUAUGCAUAUAGGGAUGUUACAUUUACUUGUUAUUUAUUUAUUUUAGCAUGAAGCUAUUUUAGCUAUUUUAAAUAUUGAUAUGUAAUGAUUUGUAAGAAUCAGUAGGUUUUUCCUGUUUAAUGUUGAUUUUAAACCUUGUAAUUAAAAUGCAGGAUGACAAAUUGAAUCUAUUCUUCGCACCAUA